AUGACGCUGGUCGGACUCUUCCUCACCGCCACCAAGCUCGCCGGAGCUCUCUUGACUCUCACCGUCGCCGCCAACGCCUUCUCCUACUCCCGCUUCCGCAACAAGAACCUUCGCCGGUUCCGCUCCCCCAUCGACGAAUCCUCCAACACUCUCGCCGAUUUCAACGUCGCCGAAGAGGAAAAUGGGUUUUUCUUUGGUUUGGCUACAGCACCGGCGCAUGUUGAGGACAGGCUAGAUGAUGCUUGGAUCCAGUUUGCUGAGGAAAAGAGUGGUGACUCCCAGGGGAGGCGGACAGUGGAUGCUGUGAUGGGUUCUGCUUCUAGUGACGGUGGGUCCCAGCGGGCCGCAACAUCUCCGCGGGGCAGGAAGCCUCUUAAAGUGGCUAUGGAGGCCAUGAUUAGGGGAUUUGAGAAGUACCUGGAAGUGGAAGCAAAAGAAGGGGAAGAAGAACCUCGUCCUAAUGUAACUGCUUGGCAUAAUGUUCCACGCCCGGAGGAGAGGUUAAGAUUUUGGUCUGAUCCUGAAACAGAAAUAAAAUUAGCUAAGGAUACUGGUGUUACUGUUUUUCGCAUGGGAAUAGAUUGGACAAGAAUCAUGCCAGUGGAGCCAGUAAACAGCCUUAAUGAAUCUGUUAACUAUGCUGCGUUGGAACGGUAUAAGUGGAUUAUCAAUAGGGUUCGAUCAUAUGGAAUGAAGGUGAUGCUCACUCUUUUCCAUCACUCACUUCCACCAUGGGCUGGUGAUUAUGGAGGUUGGAAGCUGGAAAAGACAGUGGAUUAUUUCAUGGACUUUACCAGGCUUGUUGUAAACAGUGUCUCGGAUUUGGUAGACUAUUGGGUAACAUUUAAUGAGCCCCAUGUCUUCUGCAUGCUUACUUACUGUGCUGGAGCUUGGCCUGGAGGUCAUCCUGAUAUGCUUGAGGCCGCAACUUCUGCACUUCCAACUGGUGUUUUCCAGCAAGCCAUGCAUUGGAUGUCUAUUGCCCACUCAAAGGCAUAUGACUACAUCCAUGAACUAAGUAACCCAGUAAAUCCAAUAGUUGGUGUAGCACAUCAUGUGUCAUUUAUGCGACCCUAUGGUUUGUAUGACAUUACUGCUGUUUCACUGGCUAACUCAUUGACUCUCUUCCCUUACAUUGAUGGAAUAUCUGAAAAGCUGGACUAUAUAGGCAUAAACUACUAUGGACAGGAAGUGGUUUCGGGUGCAGGCCUGAAGCUGGUGGAAAAUGAUGAGUAUAGUGAAUCUGGUCGUGGGGUAUACCCUGAUGGCUUAUACCGCAUGUUGCUUCAGUUCCAUGAAAGAUACAGACAUCUAAAUAUUCCCUUCAUCAUCACUGAAAAUGGGGUUUCGGAUGAGACAGAUUUGAUCCGCCGUCCAUAUCUCUUGGAGCAUUUGCUUGCUGUUUAUGCUGCCAUGAUCAUGGGUGUACGCGUACUUGGUUACUUGUUCUGGACUAUUUCUGAUAACUGGGAGUGGGCCGAUGGAUAUGGUCCCAAGUUUGGACUUGUUGCGGUUGACAGGGCAAAUAAUCUUGCACGGAUCCCUCGCCCAUCUUACCAUCUAUUUUCUAAAAUUGUGAAUACGGGCAAAAUUACACGUGAAGAUCGUGAAAGUGCAUGGGAUGAACUCCAAAAAGCUGCCAAAGAGAAGAAAACAAGACCAUUUUAUCGGGCUGUGAAUAAACACCGUUUAAUGUAUGCAGGUGGACUUGAUGAACCUGUACAGCGACCUUAUAUAGAUCGAGAUUGGCGGUUUGGCCAUUACCAGAUGGAAGGACUCCAGGAUCACUUGAGCCGCUUCUCAAGAUUCAUUAUUCGACCGUUCUCCCUCAAAAGGAAAACAAAAUCUCAAGAAAAGAAUGCCAAAUUAAUUCUUCAGCCUCUUGAAAGUUAG